AAAAACCGGACUGUCAUGUCAAUAUUGUCAAUCUUUGUUUUGAGUUUUGAGUCACAGACAGCGAGAGCCCUACCCUACGAUUCACAAAAUUUAUCACAAAUAAAUUGUAAUGUGUGCCAUUCUAUAAUACUCAAGAGUGAAAAACAUAUUUCAAAGAGAUCUUACAAGUACCUAACGUUGGCCAAGAUGCCUUCGCUGCGCAUCGACCAGAGCGAGCUGAAGUGUAAGAAUGGGUGUGACUACUACGGGAACCCGCAGUGGCAGGGCUACUGCUCUGAGUGUCAUCGGGAGCAGAAGGCUAAGCACCGGAGAGCAGAGAAAGAAAAGGCCCAAGCGUCAACGCUACCCCGCCCCGAGCACAGAACGCCCGAGCGAGAGCGGGGUCGCCUCGCCCCUCAUUCCUCCUUCUCCAAGUUUGAGGAGAAGCGGCUGCGGCAGAGUGAGACGCUCGGGAAGAAAGCUAAUCUGCUGAAGUUUAGCGUGUUCAAGAAGACCAGCACAGACGACCACGACACGCCAGAAAAGCGUCAAGAGUUCAAAGUCCCAACCUCCGUCUUCGAAAACAUGAAGCGAGAUUUCCGCCAGCGAUUCCCCGAAUUGUACGCGCAGGCGCCAAACAUAGAGCGCGACGCACGCGCAAUAGUAGACAAGCUGGUGCAUGACGUCAUCAAGUUUUCCGGGUUCGAGUCCGUGGAUGAGCUGUCCGAGAGAGUGCAGCGACUUUACCAGCGCUACAUGAAACACAUGGAGACUCACUACACGAACGUGGAUUCCGAGAUGAAGGAGGUGCUCAUGGACUUUGUAGAGAAGCAUGCCAUGACAUACUUACACGAUCUUCCUUCGAUAGUAUUCUCACCCAACGGUACUGACGAUGAGCGGCUAGACCGAACGUUGUCCGAAAGGAUCCAGCAACUAAGUUGGGUUGGAGAGAAACAACUAGAAUGUCGUCUUGCGGAACCAGCGACAUGUCGGCAGCUUCUCUAUCGUGCUAUAAACGAAUUGCUGGGCAUGGAUAGCGCAACAUCUCCUGGUGGCAAACUAGCUCGGGUCCGCCGCUGCUGCCGCCACGUGCUGGCGCUGUGUGGAGCCCCGGCCUCCGCUGAUGAUCUGCUGCCCGCCCUUAUAUUCACAGUUUUAAAGGCGAACCCACCUCGUCUCGUGAGCAACAUCAACUUCGUGACGCGUUUCUGCAACGCCCAACGACUCAUGACAGGCGAAGGGGGCUACUAUUUCACCAAUCUGUGCUGCGCGGUUUCGUUCAUCGAGAACCUGACAGCGGAGUCUCUCAACAUGGACAAAAAGGAGUUCGACGGCUACAUGGCCAUGCCGGCUUCGAUCGGGGGCAGCUCUUGGGCCGCGGCGCUCUCACUGUCAGCUGAACUUCGCGAGGCCGAAGAACACAUGGCACUAGCGAAGAAGUUGCUCACACAGGCGCAGGAAAUUGAGCGCGGUGCCGAUGAGCUUGCAGCCAACGCUGAAACUUUUGAGAAAGAGAUAGCGAAGAAAGUUCAAGACGUCCUCACCAAGACGCCCCUGGAGAUAAAACCACGUCGGACUCUCCCAAAAUUCGGGAAGUUUAAAAUACUCAACUCUAAGCCCCUCGUCGACUUGGAGAUACCAUCACCACCACAAGAUAAUAUAACUGAAGAAACAAAAAUGGAGACUGAAGAUUUGAAUCAGGAUACCAAAGAUGUCUUGGAUGGAACAUCUGAACCAAUAAAACAGGAAAUUGUUCAACCUUUGAUACAGACAGAACAAGCAACUAUCUCAGAACCUGAACCGAGAGAGAAACUUAACAUAUUAGGCUUUGAAGAGCUUAACUCCCCUCCUAAAUCGCCGCACUUAGAUCAGACCUGGGACUUAAAGCAGACAAGCUCUAUGGAACUCCUUACUCCUUCACCUUUGGGAUUCACACCAUUUGAUUCAAGGUCUAUUGAUGAAUUGAUGACUCCAGAUGAAUUCGGUUCCGAACACUUAGCUCCUGGCUUGAGCAAUAUCAACUAUGAUAUAGAUUUGUCUGACUUCAGCGGAGAUAAUAGUAUAGCAGAAGAUGCCCCUAAAGAGAAAGAUCCUUUUAGCCCAGAGAUGAAGAAAAACACUUUUGACCCAUUUGCAGCAAGAGAUCCAUUUAGCCCAGUACAAGAAAUGUUUGAUCAGUUCACUCUUUUGGACUCGAAGAAUAAACCGUCUGACCCAUUUGAAAUGAUUCCUAAAAAGGAUCCAUUUGCCCCUGUUAGUUUUGCAAAAGAUCCAUUUAGUCCUGUGGUCAGUACGGUUACUAAAGAUCCUUUCAGUGCAGGUAAGGAUCCUUUCAGUCCUGUAGUCAGUGCUGCUAAGGAUCCAUUUAGUUCCGGUGUCAGUUCUCAAACUAAGGAUCCAUUUAGUCCUGGUGUCAGUUCUCAAACUAAGGAUCCAUUUAGUCCUGGUGUCAGUUCUCAAACUAAGGAUCCCUUUAGCCCUGGUGUCAGUUCUCAAACUAAGGAUCCUUUUAGCCCUGAGAAUAACGCUUCUAUUUUAGAUGAUGGCGACUCUCCAACGGCUGCUUGUCUUUUACCAUCGCCGUUGCUACCCCAAAGUAGUGGAAAGAAAUAAUAAAUAUGAUUUAACGUUAUUUCUGGAAUCGAAAUGAGAUACCACAUGGCUACUUUAAAUGCUUUUGGCUACUUGGCUAAAUAAAAAUGGAAAUUAGAUACAUGGUGGAUUUUAUAAAAUAUUUUCUUGAGUACAACUUACUCUAUCUGAUGCUCCAACAUAAGUUUCCCUUAUGACGGUGAAGACGGUCCUCGUAAGUUGGACCGUAACAUGUCGAGCUAUUCGACUUAAUAAUACGUGAGUGACCCGGUUUAAAAUAAUUUAAUAAGUUUCAUAAUCAUAAUCAUACAUUUUUAUUUGCAAGAACACGGGUCCCUUAUAAAUGUAAAUUUUGUUUUUGAAUCUUGCACACUGUGAUUGUGUUUAAAAUUAUAAAUCGUUAUUUAUUUUUAGUUUAUAUUACUGUUAUAAAAAAUCUUAUAUGAAAUAGUGAUUAGAUUGCAAUUUAAUGUAAUAUUGAAAUUUAAUGUAAUAUCAUCAUAGAUCAUAUACAUAUAUUAAUUUAGCCAGUAAAAUGUUACUCUAAAUUUAAUUUAUUUCUCCAUGAUAAAAAAUAUACUGGUAACAAACGGAUCUUUAAAUGACAAAACAGUACCAUUUUGAAUUGAACCCUAGAAACUACAGUUCCAAUUAAUCAUCAGUUACUUAAAUUUAAGACCCAUUGUGCAAUAAUUCUUACAAAAAAAUUGUUA